AGCAGUCUUAUUCUUUACAUUCACUUUGGAAGGAAGUUUAAAUGCACUAUCAGUUGUUUCUACUGUAGAAAAACCUUAUUCAUGCAGUUUGUGUGAUAAAACUUUCACACAAAAAGCCAAUUUAAAUCGACACUACUCUGUUCAUUUCGGAGAGAAGCCAUAUUCAUGCAGUGUAUGUGAUAAAACAUUCGCACAAAAAGUGCAUUUAAAUAAACAUUGCGUUGUCCAUACUAAAGAAAAACUUUAUUCAUGCUGUGUAUGUAAUAAAACAUUCACUCAGAAAUCUAAUUUAACUAGACAUUAUUUUGUUCAUACUGGGGAGAAGCCUUAUUCAUGCGGUGAAUNAUAA